AUGGCAGCAAAUUAUCCAGCAAACUCGGCCUCCCAGGCCGGGGCAACUCAGUUUUUGGAACCAACGCAGAUUGGUCAAUUUCGCAGCUUCGUUACGAUGCUGGGGGAUGCCGGCUCGAAAGAUGAGCUAAAGCUAAAGGCGGCCCAGGAGCUAAGCGAGAGCUUUGAGAUCAUCACACAGUCCAGCGGCUAUCAGAACUUCCUCGAGCAUGCAAUGCGCGUUUUUCUGAAGGUGCUCCAGGACGGGGAACCGAUGUUCAUUUCGGAACUCAAUAUGCAGCAAGUGCGCAAGUUGAUCUUGGAAAUGAUCCACCGGUUGCCGCAAAGUGAGCUCGUGCGCCCAUUCGUGAAGCCUAUUAUCAUUCUAAUGAUUAAGCUGCUGUACACGGAGAACGAAGAGAACGUGCUCGUUUGCCUGCGCAUAAUCGUUGACAUUCACAAGCAGUACAGGCCACCGUUUCAUACGGAAAUUCAUGACUUCGUAGCGUACCUAAAGAAAAUUUUUACCGAUCUGCCGAAACACAUGAACAUGAUGUUCGAGCCGCGACAGGGAAUCAAGGUGAAGGACCUGAAGGAGCUAAACUUUGAGACGCUACUGCCGGACAUUUUCACUAUGACGAAUAUUCAACUGGAGAAAAAAACAGCCGAUGGUAAAACAACAACUGCGGCGUACAAUCUCAUACCGAAAGGCAUUAACUCACUGAAAGUUCUGCAUGAGCUCCCCAUCAUAGUGGUGCUGCUGUAUCAAAUUUACAAACAAAAUCUACACCAGGAAGUGGCUGAUUUUAUACCCUUGGUCAUGAGUACCAUCAGCUUACAGCCAUCUCUAGCACACAAAAACUCGGCCAAUUUCAAUAAAGAAACGUAUGUGGAUUUUAUGGGAGCACAGAUCAAGACGCUCACCUUUUCCGCCUAUAUUUUGCGGCUGUUCCCGGACGCGGUGCAUACACACGCCUCAACGAUGGUGAAGGGUAUGAUAAAUUUACUCGAAAGCUGCCCGAAGGAGGUGGCUAGUUCGCGCAAGGAGCUGCUAGUUGCAUCGCGUCAUAUCCUUCAGACGGAAUUCCGCAAUCAUUUCGUACCGAUGAUCGAGAAGCUGUUUGAUGAUGAUGUGCUCCUCGGAAAGGGCUGGACCACGCAUGAAAAUUUACGUCCGCUCGCUUACUCCACACUCGCGGAUCUGGUGCACCAUAUUCGGCAGCAGCUCAGCCUGCAGGCCCUGUCCAAAGCGGUUCAUCUGUUUGCCAAGAAUAUACACGACGAAUCAUUGCCUACGAGCAUUCAAACGAUGUCCUGCAAGCUGCUGCUAAAUUUGGUUGAUUGUAUUCGCUUGAAGAGCGAAGUCGAGCCAGUAGUUGCCCGCGAUUUGCUGAUCACGAUGCUGCGCAUUUUUACGAUAAAAUUUCAAACUAUUUCCAAAGUGCAGUUGCCUCAGUUGAUGCAGAAAUGGAAACAGAAACCUUCGGAAAUGGGUGGCACACUUCCCGGCCAGAGCGAAAGUACAGCUCGAGAUCUGCUCGGUGGGUGCGCGGAAGGUUCGGAUGGCUCCGGACAGAAAGCGACAAGUAUUGGUUUGCCCGUUCCAACCACGCUGAAUGUGUCGGAGUAUCGUAGCCUAAUUAAAACACUCGUUUGCGGUGUAAAAGCGGUUACGUGGAACUGUCCCUCGCCAAAAUCAAUCAAUACUAACGAGUAUCCGGGACCGGCAAAAAUAUUCAAUCCUAGCGAAAUACUCAUCUUCAUCGAUCUGUUCCACUGGGCACUGGAAGCGUUGGAUAUCUACACGAUAAACAUUCCAGCUGCCGGAAUGGGCAUUACACAGUCCAUCCCGGUGCAGAAGCAAACCUUACAGAUGCCACGUACCAAGGAGGAGAAGGAAGUUUUGGAACACUUUAGUGGAGUGUUCCUCACAAUGGAUCCGCAAAACUUCCAGGAAAUAUUUACCGCCACCAUCGACUUUAUGGUAGAUCGACUGUACAAAAACACGACGCUGCAGGUUAUAGCAAAUUCCUUCCUAGCGAACCCGAAAACAUCGCCCCUAUUCGCGACUGUACUGGUGGAGUAUCUGCUUGAGCGUAUGGAUGAGAUGGGAUCGAACAUAGAACGUUCGAAUCUCUACCUACGACUGUUUAAGCUGGUGUUUGGAAGUGUUAGUUUGUUCGCUGCCGAAAACGAACACAUGCUUCGUCCGCAUCUGCACAACAUCGUUAACCGUUCGAUGGAGCUUGCAAUGACUGCAAAGGAACCGUACAACUAUUUCCUCUUGCUGCGAGCGCUGUUCCGAUCGAUAGGUGGAGGAUCGCACGAUCUACUGUACCAAGAGUUUUUGCCCCUAUUGCCGAACCUGCUGGAAGGAUUGAACCGGCUGCAAAGCGGUUUCCACAAGCAGCACAUGAAAGACCUCUUCGUGGAACUGUGCCUCACGGUACCGGUCCGUUUAUCCUCCCUGCUCCCAUAUCUUCCUAUGCUGAUGGAUCCACUCGUAUCGGCAUUGAAUGGAUCGCACACUCUUAUAAGUCAGGGCUUGCGAACAUUAGAGCUUUGCGUCGACAAUUUACAGCCCGAUUUCCUGUACGAUCACAUCCAACCGGUACGGGCAGAUUUAAUGCAGGCACUUUGGCGGACGCUGCGCAACCAGGACAGUGCGGCCAUUGUUGCGUUCCGUGUGUUGGGCAAAUUCGGUGGCGGUAACCGUAAGAUGAUGAUAGAACCACAGAAGCUCAAGUAUCAAGAAAACGAUCAGGCCCUUCCUGCGGUGGUAGCCUACUUCCAAGAUCAUCGAAAUCCGAUCAACUUUGCCGUAGAUAAAGUCAUCGAGACCGCAUUCAACGCGCUGAAGUGCAGCACGACAGAUCCAUUCUACUGGCGCCAGAGCUGGGAAGUGAUCCGAUGCUAUUUGGCCGCUUCUAUCACGCUGGACGAUGAUAAGCACACGCUGCAGAAGCUGUUCAUGCAUCCGAGUUUCACCGAGAACAACAUCCAGUGCUCACUGAACGUGGGCAACUACAUCGCACCGGAUAAGCGUGCGCGUCUGACACAUCAGACAGCUCUCACGGGAAUGUUUGUGGCUGCGGCUACCAAAGAGCUACGCGGUUCCGUCCUGCCCACGAUGGUUGCCGUCGUGCGACACUACACGAUGGUGGCGAUUGCGCAGCAGGCCGGCCCAUUCCCGCUGCUCAAACACUACCAGUGGUAUAACGUUAGUAUGGAUCCGCUCGUACUGAUUGAUGCGCUGGCUGACAUAAUGGGUCACGAGGAGAAGGAAUUGUGCAAACCGGGCAAUCUGGCGAUGGUUCUCAUCCUCGAAACGGCAACCAACAUCAUGGGCUCGAAGGAGCGUGCCUGUCGCUUGCCGCUGAUGAACUAUCUGGGUGAGAAGAUGGCGGCCCUGUGCUACGAACGUCCGUGGUACUCUAAAAUGGGUGGAUGCAUUGCACUGAAAUUCCUCUACCAGAACAUGGCGAUGCGAUGGCUUUAUCAGCAUACGUUCGUCUUCUUGAAGGCGUUCAUGUUUAUCAUCAUGGACCUGACCGGGGAAGUUUCCAGUGGAGCAAUCGACAUGGCGCGUACAUUCCUCGAGAAGAUGUUGCGCAUCUGCAUGACACCAUUGGAGAAGGACUGCAAGAAUGAAGAAUUGCUAGCAACGCAGAAAAAGGCAAUGCAUGAUGUAAUCCAUGAGCUGGUUCGCCAAGUUACAAGCCCUCACACCCUCGUUCGUGAAACGGCAAUGUCAUCGUUGCGAUUGAUUGCAGAACUACAGGAAAAAACGGUAACAGAGGUGAUGGAUCCUCACCGGGAGGUGUUGGUAGACAUGAUACCGCCCAAGAAACACCUGUUGCGUCAUCAGCCGGCCAGUGCACAGAUUGGUCUAAUGGACGGUAACACAUUCUGUACUACGCUUGAACCACGUUUGUUCACAAUCGAUCUCAACGUUUUGACGCACAAAGUGUUCUACCACGAAGUAUUGACGCUCUCGGAUGCGGAGGAUGCAACGCUGAACAAGCUGGAGUGUUACAAGACGGUCACAAACCUGGUACCAUUGCGAAAAAGCGCCCUGAAUGCGCUGGCCGCCUGCCAUUACAUACCGAACGGAUGUAGAGAGAAAAUAUUCGCCAUCUUGUUCAAAGGAUUGGAGAAAAAUAAUGCCGAGCUACAGGAAGCAGCGUUUCAUUGCAUGAAAAAUUUCCUACAGGGCUGUAAUGUCAGCAAGGAGACGAUCCACACAGUCAUACGUCCCCUGCUGUUAAUGCUUGGCGAUUAUCGAAAUCUCACACUGAGUGGAACGCGGCGUCUAUCCUACCUGACCCAGCUUUUCCCGGCAAUGUUCAACGAAAAGCUGUGCGAUUCACUGUUGCAGAUACUGCGCAAGAUGCUCGAGGUGACCAUUACCAGUAACCAGGGCAACUUUUUAGCAACUUCAAAGACGAGCGAGAUGGAAAAGAAGAUCGUUACAAUACUCGGUAUCUUCCAGCAAAUACCGGCCGCGUCGCCCAAAUUCAUUGAAAGCCUGUGUAAACUAAUAUUGCAGGCGGAGAAGAGUUUGAUGGUCGAACCAUCGUCACCGUAUCGUCCGGCGCUGGUUAAAUUCCUGUUGCGCUAUCCGAAGGAAACCAUUGAACUGUUGUUAACCGAUGUUGUCAUGAAAGAUGCACAGUGGAAUCGAUUCACAAUCUUCCUGUUGCGCCACAAGGACGGUUUACCGUUCCGUAAUGCGGCCCAAUUGAAGGGUGCCCGCCUGACGCAGCUGAUUCUACUUAACUCGGAAUCAUCCACAGCAUCGAAACCAUUUGAUGAACGGUACGAGUCGCAACAUCAGGCGGUACUCAUUAUCCACACACUGGUCGAGUUCGAUGGUCCGUGGAUUACGAGCCAGGUGGAAAUUGUUACUGUGCUGAAAAGCAUAUGGAAGAACGAUCUCUACAAGACCUGCCAAGUAUCGGUGGUUUGCGAUUUAUGGCAUCUGAUCGCAAAAAUCCUGAUUGAAUACUUUUCCUACAACACGAACGAGAUUCUGCUGCUGUUUCAGCUGUUGCGUGCUCUAUGUCUUCGUUUCGUGCCCGAUUUCCAGUUUAUGCGCGAUUUUCUACAGAAUACCGUCUGCCAGAGUUAUACCGUGGAAUGGAAACGGAAGGCAUUUUUCCAGUUCGUGGACAUAUUUAAGGGCUCGGAUCUGGCAGACGAUCUGAAGGCGAAGAUUCUGAUGAUGAUCAUCAUUCCGAGCUUUGCGCUAAGCUUCGAGAAGGGCGAAGGAAACAAACUGGUCGGUGCACCACCUGCCCCAUACCAAGAAGAUGACAGCAACGUAGUUUCGGUGUUCAUAAACAAGGUGAUCGAGCCGGAGCAACCGUUCGCCAAUGAUGAUUGUGUGCGUAUUGCUCUGCUGCAGUUUGCCAGUUUGCUGGUGGAGAAAGCAUCGCCCCAUAUACAUGAUGGCGAUGCGAAUAACAAGCGCGAAGGGAAUAAGCUGAGGCGUUUGAUGACGUUUGCGUGGCCCUGUCUUCUACCGAAAAAUUGUGUCGAUCCGUCCGCACGCUAUCAUGGCCAUCUGCUGCUCAGUCACAUCAUUGCACGACUCGCAAUUCAUAAGCGUAUCGUUCUUCAAGUAUUCCAUUCGCUGCUAAAGGCUCACGCAGUCGAGGCGAGACGCGUGGUACAACAAGCGCUCGAGGUACUGACACCGGCAAUGCCUUUGCGCAUGGAGGAUGGCAACACGAUGCUAACCCACUGGACAAAGAAGAUUAUCGUGGAAGAAGGCCACUCAAUGCAACAGCUUUUCCACAUCCUGCAGCUAAUUGUACGUCACUAUAAGGUUUACUACCCGGUGAGGCAUCAGCUCGUGCAGCAAAUGAUUAACUCCAUGCAGCGGCUUGGCACGGUAACCAACACAUCCACCGAGUACCGUAAACUCUCGAUCGAGUUGGCAGAAGUUGUGAUCAAGUGGGAAAUGCAGCGGGUGAAGGACGAAGCGGAGGAAGCGGCGGCGGCAGCAGCAGCGGCUGGUGGUGAAGGAACCGGUGUAACCGGUGGCGACGAAGCGACCGAAUUGGAUAGCGCUGGUGGAUCGGAAGGAACGGUACAGGCCGAUGGUUCGAACAAGCUGCAAACAAGCGGUGCAGUUAAACGCUCGGCUACCGGUGUCGAUGACGAUGGAACGGGUGGUGUCAAGAAGAAACAGGCGAUGGGCGAUACGGAUCCACAACCGUCGCCGAGCACAUCUUCCACUGCUUUAGCGAGUGGCAAAACAGACGGUGUGAACCGUUCGAUCGAUCGGGCGCAGCUCGAUACGGUUUUAAACUUCCUGUUUCGUAUGGCGUGUCAGAUUAAUGAGGUAGCACCCGGAGCGCCGGGUAUCGUUACACCCGGAGACAAUCUCGCCCGGCGUUGUGUAAAUCUGCUAAAGCUCGCCCUAAAGCCAGACACACCGGUCGAUCUAAAGCUCGUAUGGCUGGAUAAGGUGUUGCAAAACGUCGAUAUACAACCGACAAGCAUCGGUAAUAUCUGUACGGCACUGGAACUGCUCACUUUCCUGCUUGGCGUGCUAAAGAAGGACCAGAUCCUGAACACGUUGCGGCCAUUGCAGCGUGGGUUGUCCGCCUGUGUCACAUGUUCGAAUACGCGCGUCAUAAAGCUAAUGCACGGACUGCUCUCCCGGUUGAUGGCCAUCUUCCCGACGGACGCGCAGCACAAGUGUGACGAACUCGAAAUACUGUACACCACCAUCUCGCGCAUGAUCUACGACGGGUUAGCGACGUAUGAGAAAACUUCCCAAGCAAAUCCAUCAUCGCUGUUUGGUACGCUCAUGACGCUGAAGGCAGCCUGCUCCAACAACCCCGGGUACAUCGAUCGGCUCAUCACGCCUUUUAUGCGUCUUCUGAACCGCUUGACCAAAGAGCAUCUGACCGGAUUUGGAGGCGCCAUGGGUCUUGGAGGAGGAGCCUCAGGACCCGGUGGAAUAGCCGGUGGCGGUGCCGGUGGAGCGGGUGGUGUCGGUGCCGGUGGCGUCGGUGCCGGAGGUCUUGGUACGGGCGCUUCGAUGAGCGAUGUAGCGAACACGAGCUCGAUCGCACUGGAGCUGUUGGUGGUGUCACUCGAUCUGGUCAAGAACCGUGUCGUCGUGAUGAGCGUCGAAAUGCGCAAAAUGUUCAUCGGCGCAAUACUGGUCGGGUUGAUCGAGAAGAGCAACGAUUCGAAAGUGAUCAAAGCCAUCGUGAAGAUCAUCGAGGAGUGGAUGAAGAACAACAAAAACACACCGGUUACGGUACAGCAAGCGCCGACCUUGCGCGAGAAAGCAAUUCUGCUCGUUAAGCUAAUGCAGUACGUCGAGAAACGGUUCGCGGACGAUUUGGAGCUGAAUGGGCAAUUCCUCGAGCUGGUGAAUUAUAUCUACCGCGAUGAGGUGCUGAAAGCUACGGAGCUCACCUCCAAGUUGGAAGCUGCAUUCGUGGCUGGUUUGCGCUGUCCGGUACCUCGCAUCAGGGCCAAGUUCUUCGAAGUGUUUGAUGGUUCGAUGCGCCGUCGGUUACACGAUCGACUGCUGUACAUUAUCUGUUCACACUCUUGGGACUCGAUUGGGCAGCAUUACUGGAUCAAACAGUGUAUCGAGCUGCUGAUACUGACCGCGAACACGACCACACAGAUACAGAACAGCGUGGAUAAUCAUCUUCUCCCCAGCAUAUCAUCGGUAAUAAACUUUGCCGAUCCGGAAGAGCGCAAAAACUUUGUUAUCUACACGACGAUAAACAACGAUACGACUGAUUCGUUUGAUCCGAUCGAGGAUAAGGAGGACGCGUUUGAUAUGGAUAUGAGUGUCGAUUCAAACAUUUCGCGACAUGAAGAAAGCGAACGACCGGUAGCGAAUAGGCAUGCGGCGCUCGCCAAACUGAUCAGCCGCCAGGCAGAGUUCAUGGAAGCGAAUCGAAAGGUACGCACCGAACAGCUGCUGGUAGCUACGGCACAGCUCUGCCACAUGGAUACACAGCUGGCGGAGAAAGUGUGGCUAGAUAUGUUCCCAAAGCUAUGGGAAAUAUUGGACCCGAUACAGCAGCAAUCGCUUGAUCGGGAAAUUAUUCCAUUCCUUGCGUCCGGCGCACACACCAUCCAGCGCGAUUGUAACCCGAGUGCGUUGCACACGUUCGUAGAAGCGUUGGCCCAGUGUCAACCGCCGGUUUACAUGCCGCCAAACCUGAUGGGAUAUCUUGGACGAGCGCACAACCUUUGGCAUCGGAUGACGCUGAUGCUGGAAUCGCUGGCCGACGAUUGGGCGAAUGUGAAAGAUUUGCUGCCCGAGUGCGUCGAUCAGGACGAUCAGGGUAUGCGCGACUGUUCGAUCGUGCGCGAGCCGCUAUCGCAGAUGUAUUCCGCACUGCACGAGGAAGAUCUGUGGGCCGGUUUAUGGCAAAAGUACGCCAAAUAUUCCGAGACGAGCCGUGCUAUUGCGCACGAGCAGAUGGGUUACUUCGAGGAGGCGCAAAGUAUCUACGACGCGGCGAUGAUGCGUUUCAAGCAGGAUCUGAGCAACGGGCAGACACCGACGGACAUGAACAGUGAGAUGCAGCUGUGGGAAAACCACUGGAUACGGUGCGCCAAGGAGCUUAACCAGUGGGACAUUUUGAUGGAUUUUGGUCAGCUGUGCCGGGAUAAGAGCACCUACCUGAUCAUGGACAGUGCAUGGCGCGUACCGGACUGGAACUUGAUGAAGCAAUCUUUGCUGAAGGUGGAACAAUCCUGCCCGAAGCAGGUCGGCUACAAGAUCAAUCUGUACCGGGGGUAUUUGGCGAUCCUGAACCAGGAAGAUCCACAACACGCGAGUGGUAGCGCAUCGGUAGAACGUUACGUGGAAAUGGCAUCCGCGUACUGUAUGCGCGAAUGGCGCCGAUUGCCACCGAUCGUGUCCCACAUCCAUCUGCCGAUCCUGCAGGCCUCACAGCAGAUCAUGGAGCUACAGGAAGCGAGCCAAAUUCACCAGGGUCUGCUGCAAAAUCGUACCACAUCGCUGCACGAUAUGAAAGCGAUCGUAAAGACGUGGCGCAACCGGCUCCCCGUAAUUGCGGACGACCUGUCGCACUGGAGUGACAUCUUCACCUGGCGACAGCAUCACUACCAGAUCAUCACCUCGCACCUCGAGCAUAACAACGAACCGAACGCACAGUGUAUGCUGGGUGCACACGCGUCCGCCCAAACCAUCAUCCACUUCGGUAAGAUUGCGCGCAAACAAAACCUGACCGGCGUGUGUCAAGAUUCGCUGUCCCGCAUUUACACCAUCCCAUCGGUGCCGGUGGUGGACUGUUUCCAGUCUGCCUAUUUGUUUCAGAAAAUAAGACAACAGGUCAAGUGCUGUCUGCAGAUGGCGUCGGUCACCAGCCGUGCCGAGCUUUCCGAAGCGCUCGAAGUGAUCGAACCGACCAAUCUCGAAUACUUCACCAAGGAGAUGACGGCCGAGUUCUACGCACUGAAGGGGCUGCUGUUGGCUCAAACCGGUCGCUCCGAAGAGGCAAACAAAGCGUUCAGUGCGGCCACACAGCUGCACGACACGCUCAUCAAGGCGUGGGCAUUCUGGGGCGAUUAUCUGGAGCACAUAUUUACGCGGGACUAUCGGCAGAUCCAUCUGGGUGUGUCGGCUGUCACGUGCUUCUUGCACGCCUGCCGUAGCCAGAUCGAGAGCAAAUCUCGCAAAUACCUCGCCAAGGUGCUGUGGUUGUUAUCGUACGAUGAUGACAAAUCGUCCCUGCUGGAUGCGCUGGACAAGUAUGCGGUCGGAGUACCGCCCGGACAGUGGGUACCCUGGAUUCCGCAGCUGCUCUGCAGUUUGGUCCAGUACGAGGGUAACGUUAUCAUGAAUCUGCUCAGCCAAGUGGGUCGUAUGUUCCCGCAGGCGGUCUACUUCCCGAUCCGUACCCUGUACCUUACGCUCAAGAUCGAACAGCGCGAGCGGUACAAGAGCCACGAGCAGCAACAAGCUUCGAUCGUACAGAAAGCGAACAAGGAAGGUUCGGCAACCGGCGGGUGUACGAACGCGGCUGGUAGCGCUCCCGGAUCGACAACGGCUUCGUCGGACGUUACGUCCACAUCCACAACCGGUGCGACCGGUGGAACGCCUGCGGGUGCCACCGGUGCUACUGCUGCUGCCGGUGCGCAGGGUGUUCCGGCAGGUGCCGCCACUACGACCCCCAUCCGUGCUACACCACCGAUGUGGCGCUGCUCGAAGAUUAUGCACAUGCAGCGCGAUAUUCAUCCUACCGUGCUGAGCUCACUGGAGGGCAUCAUCGAUCAGAUGGUGUGGUUCCGGGAGAAUUGGUACGAGGAGGUACUGCGCCAGCUGCGCCAAGGCCUAACGAAGUGUUACGCGAUCGCGUUCGAGAAUCGUGGAGCAGUCAAUGAAGCGACCAUCACACAACAUACGCUCAAUUUCAUCAAGAAACUCGUGUCUACGUUUGGCAUUGGAAUAGAAAACAUCUCCAGCUCCGUUUCGGCAACGUUCGUUUCGGCGGCGUCCGAAUCGUUAGCACGGCGUGCGCAGGCAACGGUACAGGAUCCCGUGUUCCAGAAGAUGAAGGGACAAUUUUCGAGCGACUUUGACUUCUCGCAACCCGGUGCCAUUAAGCUGCAUAACCUGAUCACGAAGCUGAAAAUGUGGAUAAAAAUUCUUGAAGCCAAAACCAAACAGCUGCCGAAAUCGUUCCUCAUCGAAGAAAAGUGUCGCUUUUUGUCUAACUUUAGUCAAAAAACGGCCGAAGUGGAGCUGCCCGGGGAAUUGCUGCUGCCGAAGAACUCACAUUACCACAUUCGCAUCGCACGCUUCAUGCCACGGGUGGACAUUGUGCAGAAGCAUAACACAGCCGCCCGGCGGCUCUAUAUCCGUGGCACCAAUGGUAAAAUCUAUCCGUACCUGGUGGUGAACGACACCGGCAUCGCAGAUUCACGCCGCGAGGAGCGUCUGUUACAGCUGCUCCGCAUGCUCAACUCUUACCUGGUGAAGCGCAAGGAAACGUCUCGUCGGUUCCUGUACCUGACCGUCCCGCGCGUUGUCGCCGUUUCGCCCCAGAUGCGCCUGGUGGAGGACAAUCCCGCCAGCAUUUCGCUGCUAGAGGUGUACAAAUCGUGCUGCACCAAGCUAAACAUCGAGCACGAUGCACCGAUCACGCGCUACUACGAUCGUCUCGCUAAAAUACAGGCCCGCGGAUCACCCACCAAUCAUGUCAUUUUGCGUGACAUUCUCAAGGAAACGCAAACGCAGAUGGUACCGAAAACGUUGCUAAAGGAUUGGGCCCUUCGAACGUUUCCGUGCGCGACCGAUUACUGGCAGUUCCGUAAAAUGUUCACCCUGCAGUUAUCGCUCUCCUGCCUGCUGGAGUACGCGCUUUGCCUGACCCGGCUCAAUCCGGACAUGAUCUAUCUGCAUCAGGAUUCGGGCUUAAUGAACGUGUCCUACUUCCGGUUCGAGAUGGACGAUAGCACCGGUUUCCUGGAUGUGAACCGGGCCGUACCGUUCCGACUGACGCCCAACAUUGUCGAGUUUGUUUCGUCCGUCGGUGUGGCCGGACCGCUUACGGCGUCGGCAGUCGCUACGGCACGCUGUUUCAUACAGCCCAACUUUAAGCUGACAACAAUCUUGAAGGCUAUUCUAAAGGACGAAAUUAUCGGGUUCCACAAGAAGCGGCUCAACGACGAAAAGGUGCUUGUCGAUCAGUCGACCGGUGGCGGCGGUGCGUCCAGCACGAUCUCAUCCACAACAUCGGGUGCUUCUAGUACCACUGGUGCUGCCGGUGCUGCUGGCGCCGCACAGGCAACAACAGCGACGGUCACCGAACAGGACAACGCAUCGAUCGACAUCGAUGCGGAAACGAUCAUCACGACGGUGAACAAAGCCGUCGGUACGAUCAUGGGUCGGUUGAACAAUCUUUCGCGCAUCGACAGUGGCGAAGCGAACCGGAUGAGCACAUUCGUCCAUGUGGCCACCAAUCCGGACAACUUGUGUCUAAUGGAUCCUGCCUGGCAUCCUUGGCUGUAA